AGCUGCGCCCGCGGCGGGCGGCAGGGGCCGGGCGACCCCCGGCCAAGCGCCCUUUUGUUCGCCGCAGCCCGGAGAGGCGGCGACCCGGCGGUGCCCGAGCCGGCGGGGCCCUGCGGAGCGCGGCUGGGCGUGGCUGGCGGGCGGGCAGACAGACAGACAGACAGCCGGGCGCUUGUCCGCCGCCGAGCACCGCUCCGCCGGUAUGUCGAGGAACUUGCUAGAACUGAGUUUGACAAUGAAGCGCUAGCGCAACCCUCCCGCCUGCCCGGCCGCGCCGCCAAGUGUGUAGGAGACCAAGAAUUUGGAGAUUAGAGCAGUCUGGGAUGCGUGAUCUUGGACCUAAGGAAAGCUGCUGCAUUUGUAGAGCUGCAAUGAGGCUUUACUUGGAUUUAAAGGAGUGGAAGAGACCCCAAGCUGUGAGCAUGACUGCGGAGGCUCCACCGGCACUUGCUUAGUCGCCCUCUUCAGAGAAGCAGGAGAAGGAGCUUGUGAUGUGAUCAGCUGAAGCGAAAACAUCUACCUCAUGACCUGGCAUAGCCCCUGGUAACUGGUACAGCUGCAGUCUGCCCCAUGUCCUGCAGCUGGGCGAGGAUGCGUCAGGAUGAAACGCCACAGGCAUCUAAGCACCAGUGACAGUUCAGACAAUGAGAGUCCUUCCACUUCCUUUUCUUCUUGUUCUAAAUACAGGAGCAAGUCAAAAACACCAGCAAAUGAACAAAAGAAGCCUGCUGAGGUGUUCCGCAAGGAUCUCAUUAGUGCCAUGAAACUCCCAGAUUCUCACCACGUCAACCCUGAUGAGUAUUACAUCUUUGCAGACACGUGGAAACAAGAAUGGGAGAAAGGGGUUCAGGUUCCAGCCAGUCCAGAAACUAUUCCACAGCCUUCUCUCAGGGUUGUAGCAGAAAAAGUAAAAGAAGUACUGUAUACACGACCCAGGAAAUACAUCCACUGUUCCAGCCAAGAACCCACAGAGCCAGGUUACAUCAAUAUUUUGGAACUAGCAGAAUCUGUGUGUCGCUAUGACUUGGAUGACAUGGACAUCUUUUGGCUCCAGGAGCUAAAUGAAGAGCUUACAGAAAUGGGAUGUGGGCUCCUGGAUGAGAACACGAUGGAAAAGACGAUUGAAGUGCUGGAGCGGCACUGCCAUGAGAACAUGAAUCACGCCAUCGAGACUGAGGAGGGGCUGGGGAUCGAGUAUGAUGAGGACGUCAUCUGUGAUGUGUGCCGGUCCCCAGACAGUGAAGAUGGGAAUGACAUGGUGUUCUGUGACAAGUGUAACAUUUGUGUCCAUCAGGCUUGCUAUGGAAUCUUAAAAGUACCUGAAGGGAGCUGGCUGUGUCGCACCUGUGUCCUGGGAAUACAUCCUCAGUGUCUUCUCUGUCCCAAAAGAGGAGGUGCCAUGAAAGCCACAAGGACAGGGACCAAGUGGGCACAUGUGAGCUGUGCUCUUUGGAUUCCAGAGGUUAGUAUUGCUUGCCCAGAAAGGAUGGAGCCAAUCACAAAGGUGUCUCACAUUCCACCAAGUCGAUGGGCUCUAGUGUGUAGUUUAUGCAAACUGAAAACUGGUGCUUGCAUUCAGUGCUCUGUGAAAAGCUGCAUCACUGCCUUUCAUGUCACCUGUGCCUUUGAGCAUAGCUUAGAGAUGAAGACUAUCCUGGAUGAUGGGGAUGAGGUCAAGUUCAAGUCUUAUUGUUUAAAGCACAGCAAGAACAAACAGAAUUCCCUGCCUGAUGUUGAGGAGCACCCCAAGAGUGUGUCAGAGCAAACAGAGAGUGAGAAAACGAGCCUACGAGCCCAAAAACUCCGAGAGCUGGAAGAAGAGUUUUACUCACUAGUAAAAGUGGAGGAUGUUGCAGCAGAGCUGGGCCUUCCUAAACUUGCUGUAGACUUCAUCUACAAUUACUGGAAAUUAAAGCGAAAAAGUAACUUUAACAAACCAUUGUUUCCUCCCAAGGAGGAUGAAGAAAAUGGCUUGGUGCAGCCAAAAGAAGAUAGCAUUCAUACUCGUAUGAGGAUGUUCAUGCAUUUAAGGCAGGACCUAGAGAGGGUAAGAAAUCUCUGCUACAUGGUAAGCAGGAGAGAGAAACUGAAAUUGUCCCACAGUAAAGUACAUGAACAGGUCUUCAACUUGCAAGUCCAACUCAUUAAUCAGGAAAUUGCUGCAGGCCAUACCCUGACAAGUGCACUAGAGAACACACUGUUCUACCCACCUCCCAGGAUCACCCUGAAGUUAAAAAUGCCCAAAUCAGCAUUAGGAGACUGCAAAAAUAACUCGCUGAAGCCUGGCAACAGACCGCUUUCUCCUGACAACAACAGCACUGUUUACAGCAAGCGGAGUAUGCCAAUGUCAAAGGAAUCGUUUGAAAUUAAAGCAAAAUCUUAUGCCAGGUAUCAGCACGACAGCAGAAGUAACGGGUUGCUGGCAGGGAUUGGCAAGCCUCGGAGUGAGGCCAAGGAUUCUGGCCCCACGCAGCUGAUGGAGUUUCACCGGGGCCAGCCAUCCGGGAAGCCUUUAGCGCUCCAGGCUGCUUUGCAUGGACAGGCUUCCAUCGGAAAUGGGCGGGUGCAGCAGGAGAACUCGAGGCUGGUGUCCAAAUCCAAUGGUCUGAUCGGCAGGGCUGGAGAUGUGAGCCAGAGAGACAGCUCCAGCCAGACGUCCUACGAACAAGAGUCCGUGCUCACGGCUCACUUGGCCAGCCAGAGUGGAUUCCGAAAAUCCACCAUAGAACAUUUCAGCCGGUCUUUUAAAGAGGCUACCAACAGUCUGGUGAGGACCACGGAAGAUCUCCGGUGCUGUGAAAAGCCAACAAGGAGACUUGCAACAAAAGAUCGCUUGUGGAGCAAGCAAACACUUGAAGGUGCUCCGUACCAGGACAAUGAUGGGUACUGUCCUGACUUAGAGCUGAGUGACUCUGAAGCAGAAAGUGAUGAAAACAAAGAGCAAGUGAGGUUAAGACGAAGUAGCUCAGAGAGAGAAAGCCCAAGUAAGGACUUUGGAAGAGACUGUCACAGUAGAAACAAAAAGAAUAUGAUAUCUCACAGUUCGGUACAAAGGUGAUUAGAAGCCCCCACGGGGUAAUGCAGCCUUUAUCUAUUCCAGUGUACCAGUGCAAAGCUCAGCAUCAAAAGGUUCCAGAAAAUAGUCUAGGACCUAUUUAGGAAGAGCUGCAGUAGGGGAUGGGGGAGGGGAGAGAAAUCAGAGUAGUUUUGCUCAACUGUGAAUUGGUUUGCAGUCUUUGCAAGGUUAGCUCAAUUAUCCACAAAGUCACGUGGAAAUAAUGUGUUUUAUCAGAGGGUAACAUCUGGGAGAGCACAAAAAGCGGUUAAUUGUGCAAAAAUUCAGGAAACCGCUUCCCCCUUGCCAGCUUAAGUGCAAGGCACCGUGUUCAUGUGGAAGCAGUCUCGUGGUGGUGGACAGGUUUUAAAGAAGUCCUUGCAUUGCUCUAAUGUGUUGCAAGAGACUGCAAACGGAGACACUGAAGCUGCAUUGUUAGGGCACCUGCAGUAUGGCUUAGAUCCAGCAGUGCACUCGCGGAUGUGUCAGGAAGUUAAACACGUGAGAAGUCCUGCUGGUUUCCCCCGGGAGCGUUUGUGCUCAGAUAUCCCAGCACAUGCCAAUGUGCUCUGCUGGAUCAAGCCCAAAGUGACUACUAAGUGACGAUCCCCUUCUGCAGGAGGCUUUGAGCUGCCGUGGCGUUUGCAGGCUCCCUGCGGAGGGCGGAAGCAGGCGCCGCUGGCGCUGCCAAACUCGCUGACCUCUAGACAUGCCCCCAUUCCCUGCUUUUGCUGAAGGUUGUGUUUCUCUUCUCAAUAAUUCGCUUAUUUUGUAAAUAUACGACUUCUAGUACUUCAGUUUUUUUUAAUCUCUGUACAUAGAUGCUUGUUGUGGGAUGCACUUGUAAAUAUUUUACCCAGCUAACAAGUACAGAUGGCUAAUUUUGUGGAUAGUGUUUACAAAAGUAGAUGUACUACUUCAAAGAAAAAUGCUAUUUGAAACUUACAUUUAGGCAAUCACCGGUGAUGCCAGGUUCCUCUUGAAACUGAGAUUUCAUAUCCAGUGGUGUUUUUACCUGGUAUUUUUAAAGUCAGCUGAAUUAGAAAUAAUUUUAGCUGAAUUUUUUUUUCAGGUGCAAAUUUUCAACCCUAGUUGCCUGAACACAGGCGUAGGAGUUUUCUGGCAUCUAGGUCUGUAAAAUUUUAGCCAGUCAUCAUUUAGAGUAUGAUGGUUUAAUUAAAAAUGUUUUUUUUUUUUAAUUGCUGAAAAUCUACUAUUUUAUUGCGCUGCUUUUCAACCUCUGGAUUAGUUGCUGUUUCCCAGUCUAACACAUUUUUUGUAAGUCCUUUAAAAUCAGCAGUUGUUACAUAGUGAUUAAAUUUCAGCCAGUACUGAUAGAGGACUUGAGAAGGCAAUGAGACCCUUUCUGUUUGUUUCAAAGACAGGGGAUUUUUUGUUUGAAUCCAAACCGACUUCUUGUUUUACAGAUGGUGUUGUGUUGAUCCUCAAACCGACUGCACUGUUUUUAUCUGAAAUGCUGUACAUUUCACACACACACAGCAUCCUCUGUCCUCACAUCACUGGCUGAAACGACCCAUAGGUUGUGUAGGGCAUGUUGUACAGCUCUGUUGAGGGUUCAGCUUUGUCUACAAACGAAGAGGUGUUCCCCACACAGCAUGAAGAUGACUAUGCAGGAUCUGAAUAUGCAGCAGCUCAUUUCGCUUCAUAGAUUUAAUUUAUUGCUUUUAGUUGGGAAAUGGCAAUGACAUUUUCAGAUUCGUUUUAAACUUUGAAAUCUCUCUAGUUGCAAUAGGACAAGCAGGUCAGGUGCUGGAGGACUCUUCAGUAGUGAAAUAACAUAAAAAGUAUACUUGGCCAAUCUGCUCUGUUUGCUUCAUGCAUCUUAAUUAUUUUUUUUUUUUCUUUCUUGAUUUUAUGUAUAUUUGUGUAAUUGAUCUUUCUAGAGCUGUAUCUUCAAAAUUAUUUCUUUUGGUGUAAAUAUGCGGUAGCAAUUUAGGUUUCCACAUAUUUUAUUUUUAUGGGAAAUGCUUUGUGUUCUAAGCCAUGGGUCAUUCAGAAUAAGUAAACAAAUGUCUGUUCAUUUGUAUUCUGGUUCUGAUUCUCUUAGUUCUCCUUCAAUAUUUAUUAGUAAUCCUCUCUCACUGGCCAUGAAAUUUUAUGAAGCUUUUAUUGGGAACACUUAUCUGGGAGGUCAGCAGAGUGUUCAUGUUAUUUUGUGGCUGGAAGCAUAUGACAGAAGAGAGGGAAAAUGGUGCUUCAGCAAAACUCAGCAUUUCUGCUCUUCUGGGGUUAUCAAUUUAGUUGUUUCCAGUCUGGGCAAUGGUUUUGCUAAUUUUUACAUGAUUUUAAUAGACAUAUGAAGGAGCCCUUGGUUAUGUAGUUCUCAAGUAUUGUCCCCAAAGUGCAUUUGCUAGUUUUUAUUGUGCGUUCGGUGGCUAACUGUUUGAAGUAUUACCUCUUAACCUUAUUUGUCAAUUUUUUGUUGUGUUUUUGCAUUUUGUUUUAUAUAUAUAAAUAUAUAUAUAUUCAAUUUUCCAAGAUGGACUCGGUCUUUUUCAGAUGUCCCCUUUUUACAAGUACUUUUUCAUUAAAUUAUGAAACUGCUAACAAUA